AUGCGGGCGGGCGGACAGACGGGCGGGCCCGGCAGGCGGCGGCGGCGGCGGCGGCGGCGGCAGCGGCAGUGGCGGCGGCGGGAGGGCGGCCGAGCGAGCGCAGCGGAGCCGCAACGCCGCCCGGUUGCCCGCGUCACCGGGAUGCGGCGCCCCGCCCCGCCCCGCCCGGCCCCGCCCACCCCGCGCCGGUCACCUCGCGCGCGGCAGUGCGUGAGCAGCGCGCCCCUGGGCGCCUGCAGGCCGCGCGCGCGCGCGUCUCGCCGGGCCCCCAUCGUCGCGUGCGCGCACCCGCACCUCCCACCCACCCCGCUGUCGCGCAGGCCCGGGGAGGGGUUGUCACCCUUCCAGGAGCUGUGUAUGUGCAGACCCCGCGAUCGGGCGCCCCGCCCCGCCCCGCCCGGCCCCGCCCACCCCGCGCCGGUCACCUCGCGCGCGGCAGGCGUGAGCAGCGCGCCCCUGGGCGCCUGCAGGCCCGCGCGCGCGCGCGUCCGCCGGCCCCCAUCCGUCGCGUGCGCGCACACCGCACCUCCCACCAACCCCGCUGUCGCGCAGGCCCGGGGAGGGGUUGUCACCCUUCCAGGAGCUGUGUAUGUGCAGACCCCGCGAUCGGCUUCCCCGUGCCAUUAA